AGUCGUAUGGACGAAGCCCGUUUCGUUUUUUCCAAUUCUCCGUAAACGUUUAUCUUUCGAGUGUUCCGUAAAAUCGUUUGUGUGUGUGUGUGUGCGCGAUGUUGUAUAUCUUAAACCAAAGAUGCAAACACAAUCGGCGGUUCUAUAAUACGAUCCGAAUAGAAAAGAACAAUAGUCGCUCCACUCCUGCGAUACGUCCGCGGUCCAUCCUGCUACCUUUGUGUUUGGAAGAGUCCCCGCUUCCCGUACGUUUCGGGUAAUCGGCGGUACGACAUCAGAGAGAUGUCGAAGAGACAGUGGUUCGUGUUGCUGUGCAUAUUCGUGCUGUACUUGUUGGUCGGGGCUUCGAUAUUUUUUUACGUCGAGUCCAAGGAGGAAUUCAAUAAGAACAGGAAAGAGAGGGCGGAAAAGAAACGCCUAGAAGGUCUGCUGAUCGAGCACUUCCAGGGGAACUACUCGGCCCGAAUGGACCUGUUUCUGAGCCUGAGCGAAUAUUGCGGCAAACCGUUCACGGCCUCGUACAACGAUGAUCCUAUCGUGGACAAAUGGGACUUUUAUCAUUCGUUAUUUUUCGUAAUAACGGUCGUGAGUACUAUCGGAUAUGGAAAUUUGGCACCCACCACGAUGUUUACCCGAAUAUUUAUGAUAUUCUAUGGUCUGAUAGGUAUCCCGAUGAACGGCAUAGUGAUCUUCACGCUCGGAGAGUUUUUCGGCAACUCGUUCACCAAGUUGUACCAGCGAUGGAAAAAGACCAGACUGGACUACGACACUGCCAAACUGGGUCUCGUAGGUCAGGUUGUACUCUACUUAGUACCGGGGUUUACGUUCUUCGUGUUUCUUCCGUCGACCAUCAUGACCGUGUUCGAAGGCUGGGAGUACGACGUGUCGGUGUAUUAUGCCUUCGUGUCUCUCAGCACCAUCGGCUUUGGGGACUACGUAGCAGGUGUCAACGAUGUGAACCACUUCGGACCGUAUUACAAAAUCUACCAGCUGUUCCUCCUCGUCUGGAUCAUUUUCGGGAUGGGAUACCUCGCGAUGAUACUGAGCUUCAUCUCGCGAGGCAUGCGGAGCAAAAAAAUCCAGCAGAUCGAGCAUAUGCUUAGCGAAAACAUAAAACCGAAGAAGAUCCGCGAAGAGCUCCGCUCUAUACUUCACGAGUUGUUGUUUUUGAAAGUAAAGCCGAUCUACAAGGACGAAGCGGAAGUAGUACCGCCGCAUACCAUCGGCAGGAGUCAGAGCUGCCCGGACCUGGAGCUCUAUUCGAAACACUCUCCUUCCGCGGUUAGAAAACGCGCAAUGUCCGAAUGCUACAGGUCAGCAGCUUCGGUCAAGGUGCAAUCGGAUACGGACCUGGACCGUAUAGACAAGGAACGGACGUUCGGGUCAGUCAAUCGGUUCCUUGACCAGACAGGCUUGCUGUUCAAAGUGGUGAACGCGCUCAGCGCGGAAUCCCUGGAGGAGGUCGGCAAUGCCGCCAUCAAUCGCAACUUCGAACUGAGCGCCACUGCGGUCGAAGAAAAACCCCCGCCGGAUCCCAUCUCGAUGAAGCCGAAGAGAAGACGCGCUAUCAGCGACAUCAGACCCCCGAAGAUUUUCUCACUAGGCAUCACUAACGACAACACUUGGUACGGCGCAGACGCAGACCACGCCAUCAUGGAGUACCGCAAGCGCUACGGUACCAACUACACCCCGGAGGUACGCAAGGUGGAUCGUCAGAAUAUGUUCAAACGUAUUCGAAGGCGUUUGAUGUCGAGGGACGAGACGAGCUCUGACGUGGAGAAGCAGGACAUUACAAGACGCAGGAUGUCAGCCCCGUCGACCCAGCAGGACAACAUACUCGAACAGACGUCCAUCGCCGACUUCAUUAGAGCGUUGUCGGUGGUGACGUCUUCUGAGGCGUUGAUACCACGCGAAAAUAAUGAAGAAACGAUGUCGCCCAAGAGUCGCAGGCAAGGCAUCAUCGCCAACAUACGUAGGAGACCGUCUAUGAUCAGCGAGGUGCACCCCGUGCCCGAGCAACUGAGUCGCAGGAGGUUUUCGUUAAGGCCUCCCGACGAAGACGUCGGAAGGAAGAAGGAGGCGAUUCGCAAGAUAUCGUUUUUCGACAGACGGAACUCGUUGCUUCUCGAACCAUCGAUACCACCGACGGUGGAAGAACACCAACCUUACACGCAACAACCUCCUCAACCACCGCAGAGGUUCGGCGAAAGCUGUUUGUACAGGAGCACGCGAGGUACGAGAAGCGGAAGAACGAUUUCGCCGCCCCCUUACGAGGAAGCGACUUCUCAGGCGGAGACGUCGCAACGGAGGAAGUUUUCCGUGAGAACUAUACGCGAGAGUUAAGUUUAUCCAUCUGAAGAGGACAUCGCAACUCACGAUUCGAAAUUUCAUCGUAUAUAGACUCGCCGUUAAAUUUAUCGAUCCAUUAUACCUCUUUCGGGUAUGGUGGAGUAAGCUGGUUAGGAGAAUAGUUGAGCAGUGCAAGAUGAGAGUGUCAUCUUAGACUAAAGUCCAACUGUUGGUAUUUAUUCAGGGUCUAGCGUGUUGAGGACCGUAUAAAAAAUGAUAGCUCUGCACCUUAUUCUCAGUUCCGCUCUAUAAUGAUUGACAAUGGAAGUUUGAAUUACCAGUCCCGAUCUUAAUCGAUCUUAACGUCAUGUAAGUUUAAAUACUGGAUAUGCGCGCAAGUGGUGGACGUUUAUAAACCAAAAACAUUAAAUCGAUAGAAAUCUUGUAAAUUUUGACAAUUUUUUAGGUGAAGUUUAUGUGUGACGUUUCACAUUUCUGAAAAUCUUUUCGCUUUGCAUCAAAC